UUCCCUCAGCAGAGUUUCUUCUCCUUUCACUUCGUCUCAGUCCUGCAGAGUCCAUCUGUGAACAUGUCUAUCAGAGCCAUAAAGACCACCACCCUCUCUACUGUGUCGUCCUCCAGGGGCCCGACCCAGGGCUACAGCAGCCGCUCGUUCUCUGGCUAUGGAGGCCGCGGUGUGGGGAGUGCCAGGCAGAGCUAUGCUGUUCACAGCUCUUACGGGGGUGUGGGCAGCAGUGGUGCUGCUGUGACUACUGGUGGAUUUCAGGUGGUUGGUGGGUUUGCUGCUAGGGGAUCCGGACAAAGAGGAGAUGGAGUGGAGUUUGGCUAUAUGGGAUUUGGUGGCGGCAUGGGAGGUGGCAUGGCCAAUGAAGUGGUGGCCCCCAUCACAGCGGUGACUGUGAACAAGAGCCUGCUGGCUCCCUUGAACCUGGAGAUUGACCCCACCAUCCAGGUGAUUCGCACCCAGGAGAAGGAACAGAUCAAGAUUCUGAACAACCGCUUUGCUUCUUUCAUUGACAAGGUCCGUUUCCUUGAACAGCAAAACAAAAUGCUUGAGACUAAGUGGAAGCUCCUGCAGGAACAAACUGUGUCUCGCUCCAACAUUGACGCCAUGUUCGAGGCCUACAUUUCAAAUCUCCGUAGACAGCUGGACAACUUGGGCCAUGAAAAGUUCAAACUGGAAUCCGACCUUCAGAACAUGACAGGUCUGGUGGAGGACUUCAAAAACAAGUAUGAGGAUGAGAUAAACAAACGCAAUGAGUGUGAAAACAACUUUGUUGUCAUAAAGAAGGACACAGAUGCAGCUUACAUGGUCAAAGUGGAGCUGGAGGCCAAACUGGACGCACUCUCUGAUGAGAUUGAGUUCCUGAGGCAGAUCUAUGAUGCAGAACUCAAUGAGCUGCAGAGCCAAAUCAAGGACACAUCUGUUGUGGUUGAGAUGGACAACAGCCGUAACCUUGACAUGGAUGCUAUUAUUGCUGAAGUGCGUGCUCAGUAUGAAGAGAUUGCCAACAGGAGCAGAGCAGAGGCCGAGUCGUGGUACCAAACCAAGUAUGCAGAGAUGCAACAGUCAGCAGGAAGAUAUGGCGACGACCUGAAAUCGACCAAGGCUGAAAUCGCUGACAUCAACCGCAAGAUCAUGAGGCUCCAGUCUGAAAUUGACAUGGUUAAAGCACAGCGAAACAAUCUGGAAGCUCAGAUUGCAGAAGCUGAGGAGCGGGGUGAACUGGCAGUGAAGGAUGCUAAGCUCCGCAUCAGAGAGCUGGAGGAAGCUCUUCAGAGAGCCAAGCAGGAUAUGGCCCUGCAAGUCCGCCAGUACCAGGAACUGAUGAAUGUUAAGCUGGCUCUGGACAUUGAAAUAGCUACGUAUAAGAAACUGCUUGAAGGAGAGGAGAGCAGGUUAGCAACAGGAAUCAAGACCAAUGUAACCAAGCAGACUUCUAUGAACUACAGUGCAUUCAGUCUGGAGAGUUCUCGCAUUCCAUCCUACGUCAGCUCUUCCUUUGAUGGAAUCAAGUCUAGCAGUGGUUCAGCUUCUGCAUUCGAAGGAGCGACGGUGAAGAGCACCACAGUGACCAAGACUGAAACUGUGGAGAUCAAGGCUGAAGAGAAGCAGGAAGAAGCAACUGAAGAGUCUGUCACUGCAGAGGAGAAGGAGCAGGAGCAGGUGGAAGCUGAAGCUGUGGUUGAAGAGUGAUGCCUUCAUGAUGGUUUAACAAUGAUUGGGGAAAAUAAGAAAAAUAUUUGUGUCUUUGUCCCCUUUUCUGCUUCUUUAAAGUUCUCCCAAAUGAAGGAUGAGUAAAAGCUG